ACUGAUUGAGAUUUCAGCAAGACAAUCCUUGGGUUAUUAAUUCCAUACCCUUUUGUGUCAAGAUUCUCAGCGAUUCCUUGGGGCAUCCAUCACUUGCGUCAAGUGCAGCAUAUGCAUUCCAAGGGUUUGGUAGCAUAUCUGAAGUGCUUACAACAAAAUACACUUAUCAGCAAUGAGUGUGUCAAUUACAUGCCGCCACACCCUCACCCUUUCUCCCCACAGGAAAGCAGUGGCAACAUUGGGCAAUGUGUCGAGUGCGAUGAUGCAGUGCAGCGAGCUGUUAAUGAGGCUCAUUAUUAAUAUGGCAACGAUAUGUUUGCGUCAUGAGCAAUGAGCUGGCUGCGAAGGGAAUUUACACGCGCUGCACUGUCAGCAGCGAGAUCAAAGCACAGCCUCCACUGGAUGUACUCACUCCAAAUCCUCCCUAGUCCCAGUCCCAUGGCCAUAAUGUGUUAUGAGUUAUUGGCGGAGUGGGUAGAUGAUCCGCUUCCUGGGAGCCCAGAUCGCCAGUUGCACAGAAUGCACAGAUCUCCAGUUCUCCGGCUUGUCAGCAGCUGACAGCGCCAUGUCAUAGCAAUUUGCCCGGCUGUAGGUGUUCCAUGUCAACUCCAACGGCACAUCGCCACCUAGCCGGGAUGUCGGUGUGUAAUGCCCUCUGACAGGCAGGCACUCAAAUUGAAUGCUCAAUGCUCACAGCACGGACGACCGACGAACUGGAUACCAUUUAGCGUUAGAUUUAUUUCGGGCAUUAAACGCGGAUCGCAUUUCAAAAGACAGUACUCGUACACUGGCAAAAAUGGGGCGAAACUGAGUCCUGAAGUGGAAAUAUUGAUGCCAUAAUAGCACCCACAUUUGAUUUAUAACUUAUAAACCUUAAAAUGUGUAUUUGAAUGUAUGUUCAUUCUUUUCUCUCUUGAUAACAUUCCACAAAAAUUUAUUCCCAGUGCAUCUGCAUCCAUUUCCCAAAUGCGCACGAGAUGGGCACUUAAGAGAUCUCCUCCAGACAGGCGCCGGAUGUGCGCUAUAUUCCCAUAUAUAGUACAUGUCACUCUCUCCCAAACACACUUAUAUCCGAAUCCCAUUUUCCGAGCUGGAAAAAAGUGCAAGUUACAAAUGCGUGUAGAUAAGCAUAGACCAUCAUGCAGCGGUCGUAUUUUCCCAAUCCGAUUCGCCUCCGCGAUAAGAUUAGAUUAGGGGGCCACCCACCACCAGAUGGGGGAGCAUGGAUAGGCAAAUUAGAUGGCCCAAAUGCCAUCAAACACCGCAUAGCCGUUACCAAAAUGCGACGUCCGCUCUCGCCAACAUUGGCCAAGUUGGCCGAGCAGGAGGUGAACGAGACGCCCGACAGGAUUCAGCAGGACAUCAUCAUUCUGCGCGUGUGGAUUCGCCAGCAGCCGCAUCUGCGCGCCCGCACGGAUGUGGACUUCCUGAUCGCCUUCCUCAGACGCUGCCGUUACAGCCUGGAGGAGACCAAGCGCCGGAUCGAUCGCUACUUCACCCACUACAACCUAUUUCCGGAGAUCAUGAAUAACCGCUGUGUGACGCAAAGACUUCUGGACAUCAAUCGCAUGGGAGUUUGCCUCUAUCCGGAUAUGCCAAAGGGCGAUAGCCGUAGUGCCAUGUUCAUAGCCCGUUUUGGCCACUUCGAUCCCAAUCUGUACAUGCUGCGAGAGAUCUAUCACUUUUCCUCGAUGGCCAUGGAGGUGAUUGCGCUGGAGAAUGACUAUGCCUCCCUGGCGGGAAUCUGCGAAAUCAUUGAUCUCGAGGGCGUCAACUCGGAUAAGAUGCGCCGCUUUGAUAGGGUCCUAUUUCGCAAGUGGUGGAACUGGCUCUACAACUGCAGUCCCCUAAAAGUGAAGGAGAUGUACAUCAUAAAUAUGCCCAAGGAUAUUCAGGGUACCGUCAUGUUUCUGUACAACGUGCUUAGCAUGCAAGUCAACUAUCCGAUACGCGUUCUGAAGAACAGCGAAGAGCUUAUCGAGCACAUUGGCAAGGAAUCGCUGCCGGAGGAGUAUGGCGGUACCAAUGGGCAUUUGGGUGAAUGUGUGGCCUACAUGGAGGACCUGUUGAAUAGCUAUCGUGGUUAUUUCGAGCAGGACUGCAACUACGGGACCAUUGAGGAGCUGCGACACGGUGAAAUAGCCACGUAUGAGGCGGAAUUUGGAGCCAGUGGCUCCUUCCGUCGCCUCAACUGGGAUUGAUACUAGCCCGGAAGCAGGAAACCUAGCCCCUCCCUUGCCCAAUAGCGUUUAUCCAUAUAAACAUUCCAAACUCUGCUGUAGUCGAUCAAUUAAAGAUAACACCCACUUAUCAACUAUCUAUGCACUCGUGUAUCUAUAUCUAACUGACUGCCGACGGGUUUCGGCUCGCCGUUCCAGCUAGUUUACAAGGUGUUGCCCCGAUUAGAUAGCGAUGCCGCCGCAAAAG